AUGGCCGAGCCGCCGCUCGCAGGUCGUGGAUCGAAGGCUAGACUUUCUUCUUCUCGCCGGGCGCGGAAGGAGGAGCAGAUUUACGGCAUCUUCGCAGAAGACGAGGAGACCAGCAACAGCUUUCUCUUGGCCAGCAGCGACGAAGACGACGGGUACAAGAAGGGGAGAGGCGCGAUCCAGUUCGUCAAGGGGGGUGUCUGGACGCCCACACCCGCGGACGCGAGUGGAAGCAAGAAGCGUCAAGUUUCCGAGCCCACAAAGAAGCGCGAGAAGAAGAUCAGAGACGCAAAGUCCGAGUCGAGCGAGGAGGCAGAUGCAUCGCUCUCUCUCCAGGACCAGCUGUUGAACGCCCAGGUGCUGAAGGAGGUACUGGGGGACGCGUACGAGUCCAGCGAGGAAGAAGAGAAGGCUGACCUCGACGAAGAAAAAGAGAAGGCCUCUGCGAAGAGCGCCGAAGAAAACGAUGAGACUCAGGACUCGCCUGCAGAAACGUCUGAAGAAGAUGGAGACUCCUCGCGGACGGCGAAGAGAAGGAAACUGGGCGAGAGCAGAGAAGAAGCUUCAGAUGCUUCAGAGAGCGAAGGGGAGUCCGACGACGAAGAGUCCGACAGGAGUCGGUUUAAGUUCUCCGGAGCGCAGAACGUCAAGGCAGAUGCAAAGGCAGGAGACAGCGGACCAGUCGCCGUCGAGAAAAAUACUUGGGGAUUCGCGAAAAUGGAAAAAACCUACGGCGUUGGCUUCAAACUCCUUCAGAAAAUGGGCUUCAAAGGAGGCGGCCUAGGCCGACACGGCACCGGAGUUGCCAAUCCUCUCGAAGUCCGAGUCAGAGAAAAGAACCGAGGCCUACAGGAUUCGGGGGAGAAGGUGGGUCGCAUGUCGAAGGGGAAGGCGUUGACGGCCCUGGACAUUCUGCUCGGCAAGAAGUUCGAGAAGAACGAGGAGGGCGUCUCCGAAGAGUGGAAGAAGAACCGCAAGGCGUUGACACCGUCGGAGCGAAGGCGGCGGCGCCUGGCGCAGACGGCGGCGGAGGUCGCUGCUGAGGGGCGCUUGCAGGUCCAGCGCGCGCGGGAGAAGCUUCAGGCUUCUUCGGUGAGGAUUCUGGACAUGACAGGUCCGGACGUGAGAGUCAUCCAGGGCAAAGACGAGCUGCGGGAGACGCUGCUGCACCACAAACGCGUCGCCGAUGGGGCAGCCGCCGGCGCAGAGGACGAGGAGUUCGUCCUGCAGGGCCUCGCGGGCGCGGACGGCGGCGAGACGCGCCUUUCAGGUCGAGUGGCGCGAGCCGCGCCUCUGCGCAGCUUGCAGAUACGCUUGCGGCAUGUGAUUGGCGGAGUCGAAGAGGAGCUGAGGCAAGUUGUGCGUGAGAAAAAAGAGCAAGAAGCCGUCCUGCUGCAGUGGGCCGACCGCGGGGACAACGCAGACGGCGCCGACGAUCGAGAGGACGACCUGUGGGCGGACGCGAACGCAGACAAGGGUGUAGGUUUCGCCGAGAACGCGGUUCUCGAGUCUCUGCGAAGCGCAAAAGAAAUGGUGAAACGCGUGGAACGCAUCGACGAAGAGCUGAGGAAACUCUGGGAGGAAUUCGCCUGCGACUCCGAAUCCCGGCGCCCAGGCAAUCAGGAAGAACACAGUGGAGACCGACGGAGGAAAGAGGAGGAGAGCGGUAGGAGAAGGAGAGAUGACGAGAGCGAUCGGAGAAGGCGAGAUGACGAGAGCGAUCGGAGAAGGCGAGAUGACGAGAGCGAUCGGAGAAGACGAGAUGACGAGAGCGAUCGGAGAAGACGAGAUGACGAGAGAGGUCGAAAAAGGAAAGAGGAGGAGGGAGAUCGGAGAAGGAAAGAGGAGGAGGGAGAUCGGAGAAGGAAAGAGGAGGAGGGAGAUCGGAGAAGGAAAGAGGAGGAGGGAGAUCGGAGAAGGAAAGAGGAGGAGGGCGAUCGGAGAAGGAGAGAUGACGAGAGAGAAGAGAAAAAGAGAGAGAGAGGCAGAUCGGGAAGCAGAGGGGAGAACGGGUGGGAACGCCGAGGUCGCAGUGAGGAAGCAAGUGAAGAGAAGUCGUUGAGUUCGGAACGCGAGCGUAGAGAUGAGACGCGAGCUUCUGCGCCUAGCAAGAGAGAGCAGUGGAGCAACGAUGAACGGAGUCGGAGCAGAAGCAAAGCUCGAGGUGGAGGGUCGCGAGGCGCUUCGCAGAGCCCUCAGAGGAGAGGCACUUCCCUGUCGGAGAAGAGUUCUUCGGAUUCAGAUCCUUUCGGCAUCGACGCCGUGCUGGACCUUGCGACAGCUCUGCAUGACAAGUACCCUUUCGAGUUUCGUGUACUUCAUGUCCCUAGUCUCUUGACCGCCCUUCUCCGCCCCCGCCUUCAGUGUGCGCUUCGCUCUUGGAGACCUCUUGCCUCUUCUUCCUCUUCUUCGCCUUCUUCCUCGUCUUCCUCCGCUUCGUCCUGCCCUCACGCGCCUGCCUCUGCUGCGUCGGAGACCGGUUGUGACAGCGACGUUUCGUCGCGUUUGCCAACUGCUGUGGGCCGUCUGGUGGCGCGUUUUUCGGCGCUGGCGCAACAGGAGGCGUUGGAAGUCCAUGCGUGUUAUCGGAUGCUCGCGCGCUUGGAGGGCCGAGCGGAUGGGUCGUCGAAGGCGUUCUCGGAGUCGGCUUCGGCGGAACGCGACGGCUGCACGCAGUCUUGGCUGGCGCCACUGCUCGCAGGUCGAAUGGAGGGUCGCGAACUGCAGAGACAAACGCAGGAGCGGGUGACAUGUCGUCUGACGUUCGAUUCGCAGACGGCGGCUCUGCGACUCCUCCGGCUGCCGCUGCGCGCCUCGGCCCAGCCGUACCUGCUGAGUAUGCAUGCCCUCGAACAUGUCCUGCGGGUCACUGUGCUCGAAGCACUCAGGGCGGCGCUGGUGAACGACUGGUCGCCGGACGACGGCGAGGGCGCGCGACUGCAGGCUGAAGGAUCUGCCGCCUCCGGGAAGGCCGCAGGAGCCUCUGCAGGAGACAGAGGCGCGGAGCCACUGGCGGCGGCGCCCUCAGGAGGCGACAGUGGGGUAUGUGUGGUGACGCUCGUCGAGCGCUGGCUAGGCGCGUUGCCGCCGGAGACAGCGCGGUUUUUGAUCGAGGACGUCGUGCUUCAGAAGCUUCUCCAAGCCGUCGACGAGUGGAAUCCGGUCAAGGCGAAAACGCCGAUUCACACAUGGCUGCACCCGUGGCUUCCCCACCUGUCCCCGCAUCACUUGCAGCUGCUGUCGUCGCCGCUGCGUCUGAAGAUCGGACUUGCGCUGGACGCCAAGUGGAAGGCAACGGACCGAAGUGCCGUGAACUUGCUGCUGCCUUGGGCGACUGUCUUCGACGCGUACAGCUUCGCGGCGCUCCUGCAGCGCUCCGUGAUGCCGAAGCUCCACGACCAUUUGCUGAACCUGCCGAUUCGUCCCGACAACCAACACAUGCAGCCCCUCCACGACGUCCUCGUCUGGGUCCCGCUGCUGCCUGUGGAGAUGCUGGUGAACCUGUUUUUAACGGCCUUCUUUCCGCGCUGGCUGCAGGUCUUGAAGGUGUGGAUCAACUCGACGCAUGCCGACUUCUCGGAAAUCCUCGAGUGGUACUCCGGCUGGAAAGAAAUCCUCCCGCAGGCCCUCGUGACGCAUGCACGCGUCCAAGGCGUCUUCGUCGAAGCUCUUCAACUGAUGAACUACGCGUCCGCCACGCUCGGCUUGCCUGUGAUUCCUCAGCCGCCCUCAACCAGCCAGGCGCCCCAACCUCCGUCGCCGGUGUCUGCGUUUCCUCACCCGCCUUCGCAUGCCGCGCAAAUGGGUCCUUUCCCGCCUCCGGGCGCGGCCCCGCCGGCUCCAGGCGCGGCUACCGCGGGCGCCGGCGCGGCCUACUACUUGGGGCAGGGUGUCUCCGGGUUGAGCUCUGGAGCCCAACUAGCGCCCGAACCGGUGGCGCCGGGCCCGACGGCCGUCUCGGGCGACGGGACGACGCCCGCGCCGCCAGGGACCAUCAGCUCACUGGAGUACUUGGAGGGCCUUGCCAAGGAAAAGGGCAUUCUGUUCAAGCCGAAGGUCGGGCGAAUUGAGGAAGGCAGACAGGUGUACGCGUAUGGACGGAUGAACAUGUACGUAAAAGACAAGGUGAUCUACGUGAAGGGAAAGGCCAUUUUGAAGUGGACGCCUGUCGACAUCGACGACCUCUUGAAACUCGCAAAGGGAGAAAAGACCAGCAUCAGUGGAUCGGCUUACAGUCGGAAAGGGAGGUAG